AACUACUGCUAGUGGUAUCUAAUCAUGCAGAUAGUUCUGGAUUUUUUUUUGUCCUGGUUAAGAUACUGCCCCCAAUCAGACUGAGCGUUUUUUGUAAGUUGAAAAACUUCGAGGCGCACUGUACUGCCUUUUUUUGUUGAAGCCUGCAAUUUUGAAAAAAGAGCACCUUGCUGCAUCUUUCUUUCUUUAGUUGUUGCUAGGCAACCACCGAAUCACCCAUCCUUUGCCCUACCACAAUUUUGCUGUGAAGUAAACAACCUGCUGUUUUCUGUUCAGAUGAUGGUAACUACAGUUGGUAAAGUCAUAUAGCUCCAGUUAUCCAGUAACAGCCACUACUAGUUUGUCCUAGACUGGUCUGGUUUGUCAUCAAUGAUUGUUGUCCCCAUUUGUUGUUGUCAUCACCACUGAAGACCUUCUUGACACACCUGCUUGGAUAAUGGAGAAAAAUACAAUGAAUUUCUUCUCUGUUUUUUAAACUUGGGGCGUUCAGGGUGCUCCUGCAAAAAUAUGAGGCGAGGUGCAUGGAGCUGAAAAAUAUGUGGUGUUCAGCAAUGCAAAAGCAGCAAGCAGGAAGCUUCAUUCUGAUUGAAAAUUAUUACAAAAUGCUGCCCCAGGCUGCUAAAAAGCGAUCUGUCUGAUCUGGGCUUGGUGCAUUUCAUUUGGGGUGGAUGCAGAAAUCACAGAGGCAGAGCUCUGAAAAUUGAAUCUACAUCUGCAUGAUUGGAAUCCACGAGAGGUCAGAGGUCAGAAGCACUGAUCCAACUUUUCCUCUCCUGAUAACUGAACUCAAGCUCUUCUUCCGCCACACAUGAGACCUGCAGCAAACAGCCAGUCCCCUCCUUACAGUCAACCACUCCCUUCAACCAACACCAACAACCAGAUAUUUACCUAUGAUCUCCCUAAAGCUGAGCCAGAUUUAAAUGCCCAUCCUUGGGACCCAAACUACUCAUACAGUAUCCCAGAAUGCAAUGGAGGUGAGGUGAACCUACCAGCUGAUACUAGCAGCGUGCCAGCCCCAACAGCACCUCCUCUCCCAUCAAGACCUUCAUUCAUGAGGUCAAUACCAGAGUAUGUGGUGCUGUUACCUUCGUCCCACUCGGCUUCCUCAUCCUCUCAGAAAUCACCCAUGACCCCGCCAAUUUCCACAUCAACUACUGCAGAUAAAGGCCCUCUGCCAGGUAAUCCUAAUGUGGUGCUUGUCAGUUUAGGAAAAUUAGUCUCAGAUGAAAGAGUGCAGCCCAUACAAGGUAAACCCACCUCCUGCUCCCAGUGCGGCUCUGUGCCUGACUCUGCCUACGACAACAUGGUUAAAGUGUGUUACUUCUGUCAGUCCUGUGACUUGACCAGUCUGCCCAGCAUACCACAGAGUCCCUCAAAUGGUUACCAGGAUGGUCUCUUCAUGCCCAAUCCAGAUGAAAAGCCCCUGGGUACUGCUGACGGAAUGCUGCUCUUCUGCAUUGACAUCUCAGGAUCCAUGAGUCUCACCUGCCAGGUGUCAGAUGGUGCGAAUGUUUACCACAGGUCUCGUCUUCAGUUUGUCCAGGAAGCCGUGUUACAGUGCUUUCAGAGCCUAAGUGAACAACAACCUGACAUACGAGUGGGACUCAUCACCUUUAACCAUCAGGUGACAAUGCACGGAUACGACAAUUUCACACAUUCACAUCUCCUGAGCGGUGCAGAGCUGGCUGACAGCGACUAUCUGAAAGCGGCUGCUGCCAAUUUCCCCAGUCCACCUCCACUGUCACAGACCAAAGACUUCUUACAGAGACAAGUUAUGGGAUUAUUUGAACGUGGGACCACUGCUCUGGGUCCAGCUGCUCUCCUGGCCAUUGCAGUGGCCUCCAAAGAGCCAGGGUCCAAGGUGAUUAUCUGUACAGAUGGGAAGGCGAACACAGAUUUAGGUAAUCUAGAGGUGGAGGAUGACGAUGCUUGCACCCUCCUCUCAUCCACCAUCUUCUACCAGGACUUGGGGGAAUAUGCUGCUAAUCAGGGUGUGACAGUGUCUGUGCUGUCUAUAGAGGGAACAGACUGCAGACUGGAUGAGCUCGGAAGACUUGCUGAUCGCACUGGAGGGACAGUGGUAAUAACAAGCCCCAAUAUGUUGCAUCAGGAGUUUGAACAGAUCAUUGAGAACAGGACGAUAGCUACACACUGUACUGUCACACUACUGUUGCCCAAAGCACUGCGUGUUAAAGGAGAGAGGGAGGCAGGACACAAAGUGAGCAGAGAGGUGGGGAAUGUGGACCCAAAUACAGAGAUCACCUUCCAGUUUGGAGCCUAUGAUCAUGAUGCAGAAGUGCCAGCACCAGCUUCUGGCAGCCGCGUGUCCAUCCAGCUGCAGAUCUGCUACAGACAGAGGAAUGGACUGACUAUGCUCAGAGUGUUCACUAUAGAAAGAGAUGUUACUGAUGACAGCUCGGUGGCCCUGUCCUCCCUGUCUCUGUCCAUCAUCCAGCUCAACUCGUCGCAGGCCAGCGCUGCUCUUGCUGUCAGGGGCCGCUUCCUCGACGCCAGGAAGGAAGGCGAGCUGCAGAGGGAGCUGAUCGAGAGAGCAAUAGAGCAUAACCGCAGUGCAGAGGACAAACAGACAUACCAAGAAUGGGUUAAAACCAUGGAGCCAAUAUACAACAACAACAUACAUAACUUCACACGGAGAAAAUCUGUCGUUUCAGACUCACAGUCUCUAACAGAUGCCGGUGCAGCGCUGCUCUACAAUAUGAAGCACAGCAACAGGAAGUCAAUCUCUUUGAAGAAGAAACAUGAACUCUAGCCCACUGUCAGCUGCCACCUUUUACCUCACUGGAUGAUACAUACUGC